GAAGUCGUCUCCCUUUCCCUUCUGCGCCGCAGCCGACGGCCCCACGCCUCCCCGCCCCCUCGUCCCGACCUCUCCGCUCCGCUCGCCACCGGGGACCCUCCGGGACGGGGCUCUACCCUUGCCGCCCCGCGGGAAACCGCCCCGGCCCCGCCGCCUCAGCACCCCUGGAGGAGGGCGAGGAGGGGGCUGGGGGUGGGGGGAAGGAGUAGAAGCGAAGAACGCAGCGUGGGAGAAGGAAACAGGAAAACUUUCCACCCUGGAUUCUCUACUUCUGAUCCAUGGACAGAGCCCAACUCAGCCAACUUACAGACAGGCUAUAAGCAGUAAGUACAGCGGCAGCUCGCGGGAGCCGCUCGCUAUAGGCUUCCUGGCCAGCAGCCGGCUACUCCGUGGCUGCACAGCUGGCCGGCGCGGGGGGGGCCGUGCCAGCGGGGCCGUCUGGACUGGCAGCCUCUUCCCCGCGGCCCCCGGGGGAGGGCCGGGACUACGGCCGGACCCGGGGCGCAGCACCUGGCUGCAGCAGGCGGCUGGGCUGCUUGCCUGCCGAGCGCGAUGGGAACCGGGGCGCAGCACUGCCUGCCCCCGCCCGCGGCAGGUUGGCGCCGGGCGGGUGAGGAGAACCGCUCGCUUCCAGCGGAGCCGGCUCCGGCGGCGGGAGCGGGGCGGCAUCGCACCCGGCCGCUACUCGCCUGGCUUCACGGAGCUGAACCGCUCUGGAGACGCGCAUCGGGAGCCCGGCCGGGUGAGCGGGGCCCGGUACUGGCCCGCGGCCACUGAAGCGCUCCUUGUUUCUCUCGCCCUAGGUCCGUGCUCCUUCUACUGCGACCUGCCAGCGGGAGCAGCGUCCCCGAGCAUGGAGCGGAGGAGCGAGAGCCCCUGCCUGCGGGACAGCCCCGACAGAGGCAGCGGCAGCCCCGAUGUCAAAGGGCCCCCCCCCGGGAAGGUGGCCAGGCUGGAGCAGAACGGUAGCCCCAUGGGCACCCGCGGGAGGCCCAACGGCGCCGUCACCAAGCCCGUGGGAGGUUUGAUGAUUCCAGUCUUUUGUGUGGUGGAGCAGUCAGACGCCUCUCUUGAAUACGAUAAUCGAGAAGAGCAUGCUGAGUUCGUUCUGGUUCGCAAAGAUGUGCUCUUUAGCCAGCUGGUGGAGACAGCGCUCCUGGCUCUGGGGUAUUCCCACAGUUCUGCAGCUCAGGCACAAGGAAUAAUCAAGCUUGGGAGGUGGAAUCCCCUCCCUCUCAGUUAUGUGACUGACGCACCAGAUGCGACAGUAGCCGACAUGCUACAAGAUGUCUAUCAUGUUGUGACAUUGAAAAUCCAAUUACAAAGUUGUUCAAAGUUGGAAGACUUGCCAGCAGAGCAGUGGAACCAUGCCACAGUUCGCAAUGCCUUAAAGGAACUGCUCAAAGAGAUGAAUCAGAGCACAUUAGCCAAAGAAUGCCCUCUCUCACAGAGUAUGAUUUCAUCCAUUGUAAAUAGUACAUACUAUGCCAAUGUGUCAGCAACCAAGUGCCAGGAGUUUGGGAGAUGGUACAAAAAGUACAAGAAGAUUAAAGUGGAAAGAGUGGAAAGAGAAAACCUUUCAGACUAUUGUGUUCUUGGUCAACGUCCCAUGCACUUACCAAAUAUCAACCAGCUGGCAACUUUGGGAAAAUCUAAUGAACAAUCUCCUCAUGGCCAAAUUCACCACAGUGCUCCAAUCCGAAACCAAGUGCCAACGAUGCAAACCAUGAUAAACCCUGGGCUCCUGUCUCCUCAGCUCAGUCCACAACUGGUGAGGCAGCAGAUAGCCAUGGCCCAUCUGAUAAACCAGCAGAUUGCUGUCAGCCGACUGUUGGCUCACCAGCACCCACAGGCUAUCAACCAGCAGUUCUUGAAUCAUCCACCCAUCCCUAGAGCUGUCAAACCAGAGCCAUCAAAUUCAUCGGUGGAAGUCUCUCCAGAUAUUUACCAGCAAGUCAGAGAUGAGCUGAAGAGAGCCAGUGUGUCUCAAGCUGUCUUUGCAAGAGUAGCAUUCAACCGCACACAGGGUUUGUUGUCAGAGAUCCUGCGUAAAGAAGAAGACCCUAGGACAGCUUCCCAGUCCCUCCUGGUAAACUUACGGGCAAUGCAGAAUUUCCUCAACUUGCCUGACUCAGAGCGGGAUCGUAUAUAUCAGGAUGAGAGAGAGAGAAGUAUGAACCCAAAUGUGAGCAUGGUAUCUUCAGCUGCCAGCAGCCCAAGCUCCUCCAGAACACCCCAGGCCAAAACCUCGACACCAACAACAGACCUCCCCAUUAAGGCGGACAGCGCCAACGUCAACAUCACAGCUGCCAUUUAUGAUGAGAUCCAACAGGAGAUGAAAAGGGCCAAGGUAUCUCAAGCUCUGUUUGCCAAAGUGGCUGCCAAUAAAAGUCAGGGCUGGCUGUGUGAACUGCUGCGCUGGAAAGAAAACCCAAGCCCAGAAAACCGCACCCUUUGGGAGAACCUCUGCACCAUUCGCCGCUUCCUGAACCUUCCCCAGCACGAGAGGGAUGUGAUCUAUGAGGAAGAGUCCAGACACCACCACAGCGAGCGUAUGCAGCACGUGGUCCAGCUCACGCCCGAGCCUGUGCAGGUGCUGCACAGACAGCAGUCCCAGCCUGCCAAGGAGAAUUCCCCACCUAGAGAAGAGGCUCCUCCUCCACCUGCUGAGGACAGUUGUGCCAAAAAGCCAAGAUCCCGUACCAAGAUCUCCUUGGAAGCUCUAGGUAUCCUUCAAAGCUUUAUUCACGACGUGGGUCUCUACCCCGAUCAGGAAGCCAUCCACACCCUCUCUGCUCAGCUGGAUCUCCCCAAACACACCAUCAUCAAAUUCUUCCAGAACCAGCGUUACCACGUAAAGCACCACGGGAAGCUAAAAGAGCACUUGGGAACGGUGGUUGACGUGGCAGAGUACAAGGAUGAGGAGCUGCUGACAGAGUCGGAGGAGAACGACAGUGAGGAAGGCUCUGAGGAAAUGUACAAAGUGGAGGCUGAGGAAGAGAAUCCCGACAAAAGCAAGGCGGCUCCAGCAGACAUCGACCAGAGAUAAUGUGAGAUAGGAGUGCAGAAAGCAAUACAUUGAUCCAAGGAUUUUCUGAGGUUUUAUUUUUGAUUUUUUUCCUCGUUUUACUUUUUGUUUGUUUGUUUCCAUUGCGCAUGAUCCAUGUGCAAACCGAAUGAAUUCAGCGUUGCCCGAUCAGACAUCGCCUUGACACAGACACUCGAGUGUUACACUUUCGACAUCUGACUGAAGCAAUUGUAGUCACAUAGGAUUAUGCCUUCAUCAAUCUUGCACUUAUGAAAGGGACAGCUAGCAAGUAAAUGGGAAGAAAAGUCCUAUGAAAUCAGUGAAGGGAAAUUUACAACUUUGUGUGUGUAUAUAUAUAUUUACAUAAUAUAUAUAUAUAUAUUAAAUUGCAUGGGACUGAACUUUACAACCUGAAAGUAUAGACUGUGAAAUGAGUUCUUUAAAGAUGAGACUUGUUUAUGUUUUAAAACCACUUCACAAUGAGUUGCUUUGGCUUUUUGAUAAACUGCCGCCUGCUCUCAGGGUGUGGUGACUAUUUUUGAAUUCCUAUUUAUUUUCUAUGUUUAUCCCUGAUUUUUUUUCAUUAUUGUAUGGCUUCCUAUCUGGCAACUUGAUGGGUAAUUUUUGAGGUAUUUAAAGACAUAAAUCAACACUGCCAAAAAAAAGAAAAGAGGAAAAAAAGAGAGAAAAUAGAAAAACAAAUCAGGGCACCUUAAAACGAAAACUAGUAAGUUAAAAGUACUUUGAACACAAUGCACACUUAAAAGGAUGCAGCAUGUUCCACUCUCCAGAUAGUCCUUUCUGUAGUGAACAGAUGAGUUUUCAUGGGAUUCAGAAUGACUUAAGCUGAAAUGCAGUGCAUAGAAGACUUGUCCAUUAACGAGGUCUUUAUAGAAAGAGAAAAAAGAUAAAUGUGUUGAGAUUUGAUGUAUGGAAUUCAUACUAUCAACCACAUUUUACCGUGGAUUUUAUUUACCUGUUCUCUGUUUCAGAUCUUAAAAUUUAUAAGCUUCCUUCUUGUUGUUGCUUUUUGUUCAUACUGAAGUGAAACACACACACACACACACGUGUAAAGUUACAUUGCGACACAAAACGCCACAAUCCCGAGAAUCCUGGCCAGGUAAAUUACUGACAGCCCGAGGGUUUGCAUUGCUGACUUCCCGCUCGCCCUCCUCGCAGCCUCCCCCGUGUUUCUGUUGUAGCUGGGCUUCCCCGUGUCCCGCGUUCCGUGCCAGUGCAAUGAAGUGUUUUCAGCCGCAGGUCCCGUCCCUGCGGGCCCGGCGCUCCCGCCCGCCUGGGCCGAGGCUCCGCAGCAGCCAGGUAGCAGCUACGUUACACAGAGCAGAGCAGAGCCUAUCCCGACUGACUCUUGGACGGCCUGAGCGCUAAAGCUGCAAUCUGCCAUAGCGUCCACCCGCUCUGAGGCACCCUGUCGAGAGAGACGCCAAGUAGCAUUUACUUUUCACUUCGUGCAAUGAUUUCCGAGACAAAGACCUCACCUUGCAGCUGGAUUGAUUUCAGACGCCUCUAAACUGCAGCCAUAACGGUACCAACAAGGCUUCUGGCUUUUUUCUUCCUUUUUUCACAUGGGCUUUUCACGUAAUCUUGACAAAGACCUCAUGCAAUAUCACUUUGAAAGUUACUUUCUGUUUACUACACCAGGCAAUGUAAUAUAACUGUUAAUACUAUUUAUAUAUUUGAAAGGUAUAAAAGGUAGGAGUUAAAAACGAAAAACAAACCUCUACGUGUAGAUAUUUACUCAGAACAGACAAUAUACAGGGAGAAGACGUUGCAAUACAAGCUAAUUCUAGCUGCUCAGUAACCUCUGGAGUUUUUAUGAGAUUUUUUCAGAGCUAAUGUUUGAAACAUGAGUAUCUCUGCAUAAAUUUCAUAUACCUUUGCAAAAUUAUGGUGGGUUGCUUACUUAAUGCCCCUUUUGCUCUUCAUCCUUUAGUUCUGUAGUAUGCUGCAGCUUUAAUCAGAAUUUCAAUGGUUGCUGCUUUAUGUUUCUCUCAGAGCUACGCUUUCAAAACUGUCUUCUUAUCCUGUAGCUGAAAUCACUCCAUACAUUUGAAAGGAAACUGAAUUUUGCCAAGCUAUGUAAGUUGUUAAUCUGAUGAUGGCAUCAACAUUUGGUAUCUUUUACACUUCAACCAAAAAUUUUAUUAGGUAUUUUUUCAAUGCUGAGUCUUGCCUUUUUAUUUUUAAUUUCACUGCCAAUUUUGCAGUGGUUCUAAGUGAAUCUGUGGGCAUUUUAGCCUGUGGUCUUGCCAGAACUUUGCGAAUUACAAUGCAUAUAUGUCUAUUUAUUCAAUAUCCAUCAUAUAAUAUCUAUUUGGAGAAAGAAACUUUUCUUGUAGUGCCUCUUAACAAAGCACAAUUUUCCGCCUUUUUUGUGAAAUAAAAAAUAAAAAAAACAAAUUGUGUUUAUUGCGGUAUCAACAAUGUGAAUAAGGAUUAACAUAUUGUAAAUGUUCAUUUUUCCAUGUAAAUCAACUUUAUCUUCGUUAUCACUAAGUGAUAAUUAAUUUUUAACUUAUGUGCAUUGUUAGGCUGUUAGAAUUUUUUGGUUGUUGAAAUAAAACGCAUUCAAUAAAUAUGA